AGAAGCUUAAAUCUAGGACUUGUGUCAGCUAUUUUGGCCACAGAUUUGCUAGAGCAUUGUUCUCUCAUCGAGAUUCUAAUUUCUGAAUACAGAAGCAUAUUCAAAUGGCAGGUAGAAGAAGCCUGUGAAGUUUUUGUAGUGAUGGGGAGCAAGAUGUCGGAAAAGCCAAAGUUGAGGCAGCAAAGGAGAGGCUUGUGGUCGCCGGACGAAGACAGAAGGCUGAGCAACUACAUCCUCAAUAAUAGCCAUGGCUGCUGGAGCUCGAUUCCUGCCAAAGCUGGCUUGAAACGAAAUGGCAAGAGCUGUCGAUUAAGAUGGAUCAAUUAUCUGAGGCCAGGACUAAAACACACUGCUUUCACACUCGAGGAGGAAGCAACUCUUGAGAAGCUCCAUGCAAUAUUUGGGAACAAGUGGUCUCGGAUAGCUCUGAAUCUACCAGGAAGAACUGACAAUGAAGUAAAGAACCACUGGAACACCUAUCUCAAAAGGAAAGAUGUUAAAGUUGAUGGAUCAACUUCCCAUACCUUAUUAAACAAACCUGUUAUCUCACACAUAAAAACCCCAAAACUGGAACAAUUGUCAGCAGUGAACAACAGGAAAAUCUCACUUUCAGAAUCAUCAGAGACAAAAUCCCUGCAAUCCUUCUGUGCAGGUUCAAACCUUUUGCCCUGCCAUCAGCCAUCCUUUCCUAAAGUUCUAUUUGCAGAUUGGUUCCCCAUAUUCAGUGACACUGCUGAGGGAGAAAACAAUCGCCAAUUGCAAAACUCCAUCUCAAUUCGUGACUGUGAGAUCCUUAAUCCUGGACUCAUAAAAUUUGAAAAUGUUUAUUAUGAUGAAAUCUUUCAGGAAUUUGAUGAUACAAGCAUCUUUAGAGAUAUUCAGCUGCAGCAGGAGCCUGAGCCAAUGGAUCAGAUUCCAUAAGUCAUGAUAUUUUAUCCGUCAAUUGAAACUUACAAUAAUCUUGAGUUGGAUUACAACAUGUUCUUUGGCCAAUGGUGAACGCUACACAGUUAUCUGUAGUAAAUAUGUCUAUAUAUCCAAUGAUAAUUCUUACACUGGCUUAUUGGCUGUGGAAACAGUUUACGUUUUUCUAUGUUCUUUUGGAUAUGUUUAUCCGAAUGAAUGGAAAAUUAGAUUGAUCAUUAAUAUAUUUAAAAAAAGAAUGGGUAGAUAUUAUGUAUUUUUGUA